UGUGUGUGUGUGUCUUAUCAUUCUAGUUGCUACUAAAGUACGAACAAUCCACUUUAGAGUCUUUUCAAAAUUCCCAAUCUUUCAACUCCAACCAUGACAGACCCUUACUCCAAUCUUUUCAGUGGCUGCUUCAACUUCAUGCCUCUCCAUCCCCACUACGCUACUGCUCCCACUCCACUAAAUCACCCAAACCCUUGUUCUCAUCUUCACCCAAACAGUAUACUCAACAGUGAAACUAGUGGUCAUCCACUUGCCCCAUCGCCUCCUGGCGAAGAAGCUCUUCCCCUCAUCAAUUAUCUGAGUCCCACAAGGCAACAAGAGAAUAAUGAACCCACAAGCAGUUCCAUGGAAGACGAUAAGCUCAGCACUGUUGAUGAUGAAGCUGCAUCUGUAGCCCUACACAUAGGCCUACCUAGUCAUAGUUCCGAUUAUGGCUUCUCCCCAUCCGUAGAUUUGACUGAUAAUUGUGGAGUGAAUGGCAAUGUUGCAGCUUCUGGGUAUCCUUUAAGCUGCAGCAGCAAGGGACAGUAUUGGAUUCCUACCCCUACUCAGAUACUCGUUGGUCCUACACAGUUUUCAUGUCCUGUCUGUUGCAAGACCUUCAACAGAUACAAUAACCUACAGAUGCAUAUGUGGGGGCAUGGAUCUCAGUACAGAAAGGGACCCGAUUCUCUAAGAGGAAGCCAGCCAACAGGGAUGCUAAGGCUCCCAUGUUAUUGCUGCGCACCCGGUUGUAAGCACAACAUCGAUCACCCAAGAGCAAGAGCGCUCAAAGAUUUCAGAACUCUCCAAACCCACUACAAAAGGAAACAUGGAAUCAAACCCUUCAACUGCAGAAAAUGUGAGAAGGCUUUUGCGGUGAAAGGAGAUUGGAGAACCCACGAGAAGAACUGUGGGAAGAUUUGGUAUUGCAUUUGUGGGUCUGACUUCAAGCACAAGAGGUCUUUGAAAGAUCAUAUCAAGGCUUUUGGCGCCGGUCAUGGCUCAGUUGGCAUUGCUUCUUUCGACGAGGACGAUGAACCCGUUUCGGAAUUUGAAUCCUCAACGACAACGUGAAAUUGGCAAGCAGUAUAUAGCAUGUACUUGCCUUUUUGGUAAGGAUUGGGAGUUGUUUAAAUAAAUGACUAAUUUUUUUUUCUUUUA